CGGCCGAUGGCGGCGGCGACGGCGGCGGACACCACCGAUGCCUCCACGGCCGGGCUCGCGCUCGCCGAGGCGAACAUCAACUGGGAGAGGUUGGACAAGACCAAGUUUCAUGUCAUCGGAGCAGUCCUGUUCACAGCGCAGCAAGGUGUUCUGCACCCAACAGCUGUUGUGAAGACUAGGAUGCAGGUUGCCCAAGGAGGGCUUUCGCAGAUGUCUGGUUUUGCCGUUUUUAGAAAGAUAUUGAGGAGUGAUGGCGUCCCUGGUGUUUUCAGAGGUUUUGGCACCACUGCAGUUGGAGCUCUACCUGGACGAGUCUUGGCUCUGACUUCGCUAGAGAUGUCCAAGGAAAUGGCAUUUAAAUAUUCUGAGCAUUUUGAUAUGUCCGAGGCAUCGAGGAUUGCUGUUGCUAAUGGUGUAGCAGGCCUGGUGUCAAGUAUAUUUUCGAGUGCAUAUUUUGUACCUCUCGAUGUGAUUUGCCAGAGGCUCAUGGUUCAAGGAUUGCCAGGGAUGCAAACAUAUAGAGGUCCAUUUGAUGUGAUAAAUAAGGUUGCCAGGACCGAAGGUAUCCGGGGACUUUACCGAGGUUUUGGAAUUACCAUGUUAACUCAAUCACCAGCUUCUGCCCUUUGGUGGAGUUCAUACGGUGGUGCUCAACAUGCUAUCUGGAGGAGCUUGGGUUAUGGAAAUGACACGCAAAAGAAACCAUCUCAAACAGAACUUGUUGUUGUGCAAGCAACAGCUGGAACAUUUGCUGGAGCUUGCUCAUCGAUUAUCACUACACCAAUAGAUACCAUCAAGACACGGCUUCAGGUUAUGGACAACUACGGGAGUGGAAGGCCAUCUGUCGUGAAAACUACCAGGCUGCUGCUACGAGAAGAUGGCUGGAGAGGUUUAUAUAGAGGGUUUGGACCGAGGUUUCUUAACAUGUCCCUUUGGGGUACAUCAAUGAUUGUCACAUACGAGCUAAUAAAGAGGCUUUCUGUGAAGCCUGAACAAUGAGCUUUUGGGUUCUGCUCCACCCAGUUGGUCAUCGUUUCCGUGUUGGCCAUCUAGUGAGCACAUUUUUUGGUACAGGGAUUUGCAAUUGGAACAGCAAUUGGAAAUUCUUGAUGCAGGAAUCCCUUAUGAAGCUUUAACAUGUUCCCAUAUGAAGCAACCUUGUAAAUACUUACUCUAGCUAUGUAAGAGUUGAAGGUGCUCGUUUACGGAUGAAAUAGCCACGAAUGGGGUUGAAAUAGCCAGAGGCUUCGUCUGGGUAAUGGAGCACGUAGUCGUUGUAUGAGUUGGAAAUUUUGUAUCUUGUCCUAUGUAGUGAACUCAAGAUUGUGUUUUAUUGUACUUUUGUAGCUCAGAUCUUGGGAUGAGAUGACAUAGCCAAAUCAAUUGAGCAGAAGAUGUAUUAUCAUGUUAGCUAUAAGUUUGUCGCCUCAAAUUUUCAAUUAGCAUACAGAGUUUGCCUAUGUA